UUUUGUCUACCUCUGUGUCUACCUUUUCUUCUAUCUUUUGUCUACCUUUUUGUCAAUGUUUAUGUCUAUUUUUGUGUCUAUUUUUGUGUCUUUCUUUGGGUCUACCUCUGUGUCUACCUUUUCUUCUAUCUUUUGUUUACCUCCGUGUCUACCUUUUCUUCUAUCUUUUGUCUACCUCUGUGUCUACCUUUUCUUCUAUCCUUGUGUCAAACACAUUCCUUGAUUUCUAUACAACAUUGGCACUGUUUUGCGUCAUAGAUGUCGCUUCUUAAUAUGAAAUUGGAUUCUUUACGUAUGGACUUACGCGGUUACGCCUGCAUUCUACGUUCGUAUUGUGACGUAGCAGUUACCAAUUCCAACUGUAACGGAAUGUAGAAACCCUUGCCGUUAAAACCUAAAAUUUUUGAAUUGCAUUGCCGUUUUAAUCCUUUAAAAUUAGUUCAAAUUCAAAUUUGAUUAUUGUCUUCGUAAUCUAUACGUUUUCACAUUGGCACUUUAAAACUGUCGAAUCUUUGUUGUUUCUGUCAAAUUUGGAGAAAACCUACCCUCUUUUUCCCUUGCCUCCUACGCAAAUGUUUUCGCGAUACAUUAUAUUUACGUGGAUAAUGUCUAAAAAAUGACGACUAGACGAGGAUAGUCCGAUAGUGUUUGAUAAAUGAUAAGUUAUUUGAUACAUUCGUAGAAAUAUAAGUUUCUAAGAAAUUGUUUGAAAAAUCAAAUGUCAUAACAUGCAGGCUGUGAAAGCAUCGUUCACUUGUAUUAAAAUCAACGUUAAUAACCUCAGAAACUUUGUUUUUGUAAAUGUUAUAUAAUUCUCGUGCUGAUGAAAUGCUACGAUUAAGUUACGCUAAAUAUGUCAAUUGUCAUUGUCGUACAUCGUCUGGGACUUGCAUAGCAACCAAAUGACGACAACAACAAGUGAAUCGAAGGAUUGUUGAUAUUUAUUUUAAAGAGUGGUAACAUCAUUGUAAAUGACCUGUACUAGAUUAUUUGGAGAUUAAAUUCAUGUAGUGUAGUAUUAUGAGGUGUGAAUUUUAAAUAUUUUUUAUUACCUGAAAAAAUAUGUCUUCCGUGGAAACAACAACAACAUUCAACAGCCGAGAAGGUAAAGGAUUCAGUAGCAUCAGUGGUAACAGGAACAACAAAGGACCGCAUACCGUGUACACAAUGGCAUUUCAAGGAUUUCCAUGUUCAAGAUCAAAGCCCUAUAGGGCUGAAACGAGCGAUCACCUUCCGACCGGUUGGCCAUUUGAAAACAGUAAUUAUAAUGAGACAUAUACUCCAAAGUAUUGUACAAAAUACAACCUUCAUCCGGUAUCGGUACAUCGCAAGAAUAAUCCUCAUCCAGUUGUGUUUGACCCUUGGAAACAUCCUUGUAUGAGAUUUCAAGUAUGGAAACCUGGGACGAGAUUAACGGAAACAGCUCCAGCUAGUUAUGCACGAACGAAAUUAGGAAGACGCUUUUGGGAAACCAGCUACAACACAUCAUUUUCUGGAAAAAGAUUUGAUUGUUUGCCGAAAAUUUCACAAGUUCAGGAAAACGAGAAAUCUGGAAAAGCAAACCUUUCAUUACAUAUGAUGAGUAUGUAUAAACACGACUACAUUGCAGACAAGGGACGACCCAGUACAUUGUUAAGACCUAGGGAUCGAUCGUUUAUGAACUUAAGCAUGUGAAAUCAACUGAAAAUGGAUCAAAUGUAGCAAGAGGUCAAAGAUUUCAUCCUCUGGACUUAGUCCAAAAUGGUUCAUAAAACAUAGCUGGAAUGACUAUGUACAAAUGGCUGACAAGAUAUAAUGCCCAUUUAAAUGAAAGCAAAAUCAAUUAAUGGAUGACAUGUUGAUUAAGAAAAUUUCAUUCAUCUAUGUCAUAGUUUAGUUUAGAAAAACUUUUAUGUGUAUUACACUAACUUCAAAAUUAAUACUGGUAAAUUUUUUAAGUUAUUAAAUUAAAUUCAUUGUGA